GCAAGUAUGACGAUUCCCAGGUACGCCUUGUCUUUUAUUAAGGUCCAGACACCCAUGAUGGCGCAAAGAGUAGAGGACCGCCUGUGCCAUGCCUCUACUUAAUAUGUCCCGCAGUCAUGGCUGGUCAAUACCCUGCCCAUGAAGGUCUGCAGUAUAGUCCACCAGAUCGCACUUAUAACGCGCCCGAGGUAUAUCAUUACCAUGAGUCGGCACCAGAGGUUGCCCCUAAGAGUUAUGCGAGCCCAGAGAAGGCACCACCGCACCAGGAACAGCAUUUGCUGGUGCCAGACCAGCCCAAACGCUGGUGCGGUGUCCCAAAACGAAGGGCACUCAUCAUUGGGUCUGUGAUCUUGCUCGUCAUCAUCGGCGCCGUCGUCGGAGGAGUAGUAGGUGCUUUGGUUGCCAGAAACGGCACGAGUAAUAGCAACAACGCCAGCGACUCAAGCAGCGCCAGCGCCACGGCCGCUCCGAGCACCACCUCCGAUGCCCCGGUCACCAGUGCCGCGACAACGACCUCGUUGGCAUCCACAGCCUCAACGAGGGCGACUUCGACGUCGGCCAGCACUUCGUCGGCAUUCCCGACGCCGUCAAACAACAUCUUGUCCUUGAACUGCCCGGCAAUCAACAACACUCAGUUCACGGUUGACAGCUCUUCAUUCGAAGUAUAUUGCCUUACAGACUUUAGAUCCGGGUCAGGCAACAUUGCGCAGUCAUUAGAGCCAAGCAUCAAUGACUGUAUUGGCUCGUGCGUGACAUACAAUACGGAGAACGACAACACAGACAGUCCGUGUCAAGGUCUGACCUUUGGCGCGAACCUAACGAGAUACGGGGGAGCAAACUGCUUUCUCAAGACGGGGCCACUGACUAGAGUGCCUUACACGAUAGACGAUUACCAAGCUGGUGCGAUCUUGCUGGGAUGAAGACAGCUAUACAUACCAGUAUGUGGGGAGGGAUAUCAGAGAGCAGAAGCCUGCUGAUUCACGAGGCUGUGCUUCCCGAACUGCUGGCUGUAGCAAUAUAAUUACUUGCACAUGUAGGGGUCGGAUUAAGGGGAAAAAUGAGAUGUGUCUCAAUGGCUAUGAUUACCCUACUGGCCUUGCACAGCAAGCGUAUAUAGGCAGCGUUUUGCGCAAAGCCGGGAACCGAGCAUCGCGAUCGUAAGGCUGCCCUUUGAAAGGCAGCUUCAAACCCGGCCGAAGGACCUGUUCUACAAUUGCUCACAAGUUGCAGAAUAAUAAAUCCACCACUGAUAUGAAAUUCAAA